CGAGGACAGUCUUCUCUGGCUAUACAAUUUAACCUAACCUAAAUAGUUCUUUCCGCUUUUCCUCAUCGUGUUACUCGCAUGACCUAUUUAAUUUUAUUUUACAAUGUAUAUAACAGUAACAAUUGUAAAAAGUAACUUGUACAGAUACGCGUAGGCCGUAAUUCCAUGUAAAUACGUGGAAGCUAAUAAAAUUUAAUAGUGGGUAAGCAGUAGCGUACGUUCAACUGUGUCGUUAAUGUCGUCAUUGGAUGUUCUCUAAUGAAGUUGCGAAAAACGAAGGGAGGACACUCCUCCCUUUCGUAUCGGGAAUUAAAUGUGACACGAUCGCGUUUAUAUUGUAUUUAUACGCCGGGUUUAUUGUACUUUAUAAGCCAAUUGCGCUAAUUUAAUCGACAUUCAUGCCAUGUCAGUAAGGUCGUUAGGAAAUUUUAUAUAAAGUAUCACCACAUAGCACGCCACGCAAGUUAUGGCCUUCUACAGUUUUUACACAAUUUUAUGUACACGUUAAACACAUUUAAAGUCCGUGUUUAUUGGCACGUCUUGCGCGUGUUCGGUAAAUGUACUUAAUUCCCAAGCGUGCGCUUGUGGCGAGCUGAAGAUCGAGUAUACAGUCACUUAGCUAGCAUCGUCGCAAAACUCCAGCUAGUAACAGCUUCAAUCUCUCAAUGUUGUUCCUGUCUAGAUCUGGAGUUUAAAUAAUGCGAUGGAAUUCUCACUCAGCCAUCUACAGAGUCUGAUAAAGUAACAGCUCGCUUGUAUAAUAUACUCUCUCUCUCUUUCUCUCUCUCUCUCUCUCUCUAUGGACAUGUAAUAGGCCCCAGACUGCUAACACUAAUGCAAAUGUCCAAUUUUCAUUGCCAUUUGUGGUUUCAAACUGAUUGGACUUUGGCCUCAUUGGUGGAAGUGGUGUGGCCAUACAACGCGCUUAAUACAUAUUAAUCCACGGAUUGUUUUGUGAACCUUGGGUUUAAGUUGACUGAAUAUUGUUUGUUAUUAUUAGCUAUAUUUACUGUUAAUUUGCAUACAAUGCAAUGAUUACUAUUUGUACAACGUGCAUAUAUGAUAAGAGAUCAAUACUGUAAGCUUUGAUCAAGGAGUAAUACAGUAGAGGAUCAUGGAGUACGAGUAUUCUGCUGUUAUUUGUGUAUAAUUGUACGGGUCCUGUCAGCUAGACGUCUGAGCUCUCCUUGUUUGCAUUUUUAUAAUAUUUUAACAGAUACUUCGUGACAUACAACGCAAUGGAAGUUAAUAUAGAACAAACGGAUAUGGAAGCUAUGGAGGCUUCAGAAGAUAGUGCAAAUAAUCAAAAUCAGAACAUUUUGGAUUGCGAAGAAGCGGUGUCUAGUAUGCAGUGCGAGAAUCAAAAUUGGGAAACAUCGUGUACAAAGUUAAUGAAAUUAGAUCAUGAUACCAGAUCGACUGGCACUGACAAUAGCCAUUAUAAUGACAUCAUGGAUGAAGAAACUGCGUGUAUCGAUCAUAAAGAUACUUUACACAAUGGCUUGUGCGAGGAAGAUUCGGAACACAAUGACGAUUUACGGCAAUUUGAUGUGCUGGACGAUCUAGAUCGUCAUCCAGAACAGAAUGAUGGUUCUGAUGAUGAUUCAGAUACAGAUGAGAGUAUGGACUCCGAUGUGCCAGAUGAAGAAAUUGAAGCGAUGCUAGAAGAAGGUUUACCAGAGGAAUUUAAGGGAAAGAGAAGAGAUAAAAAGGAUCGCUUACCCUAUGAAGAAAAGGAGAAACUUGUUUUAGAUGAAAUUGGGCAUAAUCAUUUUGAUGUUCUACCUGAAGGAUGGGUACAAGUAACACACAACAGUGGAAUGCCAUUAUAUCUUCAUAAACAAAGUAGAGUUUGUACACUAGCAAAGCCAUAUUUUCUUGGUCCAGGAAGUGUUAGAAAGCAUGAAGUUCCUGUCAGCGCCAUUCCUUGCCUUCAGUACAAAAGGGCAUUAACAGAAGAGGAAGAGGAACGAAGGAAAGAGAUGGAGCGCACGCCAAACACUGAAGCUUGCAGUCUUCCCAGCGCAAAGAUUGAAACCAUUCAAGAGAAUCGUGCAGCACACUCAUUAGAUAGCGAGCAAUUAAGAAAUUAUUGUCAGUCUUUGUUUCGUUUCAAAUCUAUUAAAGUAAUGAGAUUUCAAUCUUGGUCAGCGCGUCGAAAAUUUACGAAAAUUAAAAAGCAUCGCAAGCAGCUUGAGCGCCCGACUUUACCAGAUGGUACAAAAUUGAUAACUUUCCCCGUCAGUAAUUCUAAUGCAAGUGGCAAUUGGAGUAUUGCGGACGACAACGGUCAAAGACCUGCGAAACACUGGAUAAUGAAUCCAUCAGGCAAAAGUUAUGUUUGUAUUCUUCAUGAAUAUGUGCAACACGCGUUAAAGAAACAGCCAACAUAUAAAUUUAAGGAAUUAGAAAAUGCUGCAACACCCUAUUCCGCAGUAGUUUGUAUCAAUGAUAUGGAAUACGGAAGCGGAUUCGGCAGCAGCAAAAAGCAAGCAAAGGCCAAUGCAGCUCGAAAGACUCUUGAAAUUUUGAUUCCUCAAAUGAAAGACAAAAUUUCCGGUGAAAACGGUGGAGAUAAUGGAUCGAAUAAUGAUAACCGUACGAUAAAAGCAUCUAGAGGAAAUUCCGACGCCGAUCUUUCAUUCUUCGACGAAAUAUCCAUCACUGAUCCGCGUGUUGCGGAAUUUUGUGCGAAAACUACUGAACCUUCUCCACAUGCAAUUUUAAUAACUUGUCUUCAAAGAAAUUAUGGUUUAGGAGAUAUGCAUAUUAAUUAUUCGGUGAAUACGUUGAAACAUCAGCGAAAUGAAUUUACAAUGAAAGUUGGGAAACACGAAGCUACUGUUGUUUGUCGUAAUAAAAAAGACGGUAAACAACGAGCGGCACAAGCAAUAUUACAGCUUAUACAUCCACAUAUCCAAUCUUGGGGAUCCUUGCUGCGUCUUUAUGGAUCGCGAAGCGUGAAGUCCUUUAAAGAAAAGAAACAAUUGGAACAAGAGAUUACUCUUUUACAGGGUAAAGCCGCCGUUAAUCAGCCAAAUCAUGCUAUUUUAGGUAAACUUAGGCAAGAGAUGCGAAGAUUAGCUGAACAACGCGAAGCAAUACAGCCUAUUGGUAAGUUUGUACCACCAGAUUUACCAACAGGAUCUGCAGCUAAUCUGAAUAAUGUAGAUUUAUAAGAAUUAGUCUAUAAUUUAUAUAUAUUGCCUAAUUAUUUAGAAACAAUAUUCUUUAAAUAUCGUACGAUAUGUUGCCUUUUAGAAAUAAUCUUUUUGCCAGUCAUGCAAACGGUUAUGAUUUUCGUAUAAGACCAAAAAGACGGUCGAUUUACACUGUAUGAAGAUAUAUAAAAUACUAUUAAGUAUUAAGUAUUAAGAAGAUAUAUAAAAUACUAUUAAGUAUUUUUAAUUGAAAACUUCAGUUGCCUUAAUCAAUUGAUAUGUUAAACAUAUCAAUUUUAAUAAUAUUGAAUGUUUAGGUUCUAUUUUUCUUAUAGUGGAAUCUUUCUAGUCUGAAAUUGUCCAUUCUUCUAUUAUGGAAUUUUCAUUUUAAAUCACUUUUUUAUUCUAAUGGUAUAAAAAGUGAAAAUAAUUAUACUCUAUUUUAUUAUUUAACGUUCGUUUUCUCACACUAACGUAGUAAUGGUAACAAAUAUGAGAAAUGGAAAAGCAUAAGAGAAGAAUUCUAAUUUACAAGGGAACAUAAUAGAGAAGUUUUAUUGUAUUAUAAAUAAUUUUAACAUAUAAAUAUAGACAUGAUUACAUAGUCGAAAACACAUUAAUAAAUGUUAAUAACCUUUAGUACGAUGCCUUUAUUAGGCAUAUUUGCUGCUAAUGGACAUUUUAUAUUUUGUUCCAAGAAAGAAUGACCUCAAUUUUUUAUUGUAACAAAGUAUCAAAUUAUUUUCACGAAUUUGAAUCAAAUACUGUACUUUAGACGGAUAUAACAAUUUGUUCACAUAUAUGAAUGUAAUAUAAUCGUAAAAUUUAUUCGUAAUUUACAAUUGUAUAUUGACUGUAAAAAAACAGCUUUCACAUUUAGCUUAAAACUGUUAUAAAACAUGAUGUAAACGAAAGAAUAUGAACGUAAUAAAAUCAUAUUGUAGAUUA